UAUGUGAUUUGAUGAAAUGAAAGUGGAUUUAAGAGCUCACUUACCGUACGAAGUACAAAAAACAAUCCAGGUUCCUUGAUAUACGUUAGACAUGACUUCAGUCAGAAAUCGCUUCGAAAAAGGAAAUGUAGAAGAAGGUCCUACCGUCGAAGUUCCUACGGAUGAUGAAAAGCCUUCAAGCAUGUUUCUGGAUUUUGCAAUGACCUGCAGUUUGCACGGCUUGAAAAAUGCUUUCUCAAAAAGCAGCAAAAAGCCUCAGAAGGUGCUAUGGUUACUCCUCUUGAUGACAUGUAUAGCUGCGGCUUUAUUUCAGAUCCUUGACCGUAUUCUAUACUUCUACCAAUACCCAGUCAGUGUCCUCCUGGAUGUUAAUUACAAUGACUCGUUGCUUUUCCCAACAAUUACCAUAUGCAAUCAGAACAAAUUUAGGGCCACCGAGGCUUAUAAAUUAGGCAUAUACAGAAUGAUUGAAAAUGUCAACAAGGCAGAAAACAGGAGCUUUGCAUUUUCUUCUGAGUUCAUCCAGCAAGCCAAGGCAAUGAAUAUCUCCGAGAGAGAUCUUCGUCAACAGAUAGCUCAUACUAAAGAAGACAUGAUAAUAGACUGUCACUGGAGCAGUGAGAGAUGUGCACCUGAGAAUUUCACCACAAUAUUCACCGACGAAGGAGUUUGUUAUAGCUUCAACACAGAUGCUUCAAACCCUGUCAAAGUAGCUUCAUCAGGGACUGAAAACGGCCUGCGACUCACCUUAAAUGUGGAGCAGUAUGAAUAUAUGUCAGGAGGUCAGAAAAGUGUCGGCAUAAAGGUAUUGUUUCAUAACUCCCAUGAUGUGCCGACUAUAAAAGACUUAGGUCUAGCUUCAGCCACAGGAACUAAUUCUUUCUUUGGACUCCAAGUUGUGGAGGUUAUAGGUUUGCCAAAACCUCGUGGUGUGUGCGAAGAUAGGAAAUUAAACCUGUUUUACAAAUAUUCACGUUCGUCCUGUGAAGCAGAAUGUAUCACAUACGCUUUAGUAGAAACCUGUGGAUGCCGACUAAGCUAUAUGCCAAAAGUUAAUGAUUCAGUACCUCUUUGUUCACUGGUUAGUUUCAUAACCUGCUACAUCCCACAAAGGGACAAAUUCCACUCCUUUCAAUUAAAAUGCGAUUGUCCUUUGCCGUGUAACAUGCUUCUAUUCGAUCCUUCAAUUUCAUAUACCGCACAUUCGGAAAAUAAAGUUAGUAAAUUGAUUAUGGAUCCACGUAUGGCUGACGUGAAGCAGAAGCUUAUAAAUGCUAAAGAAGUGAAGCACAGAAUGGACGCUGGAUCAAUCUCGGAAUUUCGAAAUAUGCUCCUAAAUUUCAAUGCAUCAAAUGUAGCCUUUCGAACGGUGAUGCUGUACAAACUUGAAACGACAAUUAAAAUUAAUUUAGCCAUUCUUCAAAAUAUUUCCAAGAAAGUGGAGAAAGUGUAUGCUUCAAAACUGUUCCUGAUUAAUUAUCAGAAGUACUUAAUAGAAAAGAACUUUGAGCGGCCGUGGGAAGCCAUAGCUGAACGGACGUUCCACCACGUCAGUUUUGAUUUUUUUAAUUACAUUUACACACUGAAAAAUAUGUUUUUGAAACUGGAUGAAUUUAUAAACAACUCUAGUAACCAACGAGCUUCUGAAAUGUUAAUCCAUAAUAUCAAAAUGAAUAUUGAGACCAAACUGAACAUGGUCGAAAAAGCGGAAGGCAACUUUACAGAAUAUUAUCAGUCGUUAACAAGCGGAGUAGGUAUAUUUCGUUAUAGAUAUCUUAAAGUACCGAGAAGUCAUAACUUUUAUGCUGUUCCUAAGCAGUUACUAACCAUCAAAUUAAACCAAUCAAAAAGUGAUUAUAGCCUUAGAUUGAGUAAUACACUAAUUAGUUUAAAAGAAUGUUUGUUUAAUUUCUCUGAUAUGUUGGAUACAAGAGAUACUGGAUUUAAUUUGACAAAAUUUACGAAGGUCUCAGACAAAUUUAUUCACUUGUCCAAGUUAUUUAAUUCCAUUAAAAGUGUUUUCAAUGGUUAUACUACAAAAUAUGCUCUUGGAAUUAUCAAAUCAAAAGCAGCUAAAUUACAAACUUCAUUGACUAACAUUCGGCAAAUUAUUAACGAUAUGAACAAUUCUUUCACCAGUCUCCAAAUUGAACAAAAACAUCUAAAUCUUACGUCAUCACAAAAUGUUUUCGCUGUCUCUUCUGAUAUCAUUAGAUACUUGACGAACACAUCAGUAACGAAAAUAUCUUUGGCAGCCAUAUUGCACUCUCCUAACCACGUUUUGAAUAUGAUGAACCUGCAAGUAUUUAUGGAAGAACUGCGUGAACGUAAUUCUUUGCUCCAUUACAGCUGGACUAAACUCAACGAAACUGUCGCAUUGCUCUGGCAAUGUAUCAUUCAAGACCGUGAUUCCUACGCUUACUAUGAAUAUGCUAAUUAUACGAAAUUCUCGCUUCCUUUGGAAAAUGUAACUUCAGAACUUCACGACGAGUAUGCUGACUAUCAGGAAGGUAGCAAUGUGGCAAAAAUGUUUGGCACCAUUGACCGCGAUUUUUUUUACAGGCACAAAACAGUAAAAGAAUAUGUAACUAAAUUCAAAGAAAGAAACACAAUAAACGAUUUAUUUGUAAGUGAGAACAUCCUUGAAAUUGCGUUUUUCUACAAGCAAUUAAGUUACGAGAUCAUCACUGACCAAGUGGCCUACGACUUCUUUUCCCUUAUGUGUGACACUGGAGGCGCUCUUGGUCUUCUCCUUGGAUCCAGUAUUUUAACUAUAUUUGAACUAGCAGACUUUGCGAUUGGAUUUUCCUUUCAGAAAUUAUUAGCGAAAUUACUGAUGAAAAAAAGAGUUGAAAACCUGUAAAACUCUUAAUCUGUUAUUAAUCACGUCUUUAAUUUGAUACUUGACUAUGAAUAUACUAACUAGCUAUUAUCUCUGGAUUUCAAGCCACUAUCAUGCUACAACUUCGAACUUCACGCUUCUAAACCGAAAGUCUUGAUAUAGCAGACUAUGGUUAAAAAAAUUCUAAAUAUUCGAGUAAAAAUAUGUUUAGAUGAAUAUCGUAAUGCUUUUAGUGGCGAAAGAUGUUUUGUGAAAUAUAAUUUACCAAUGCAAUAUGUGUACAGUAAUAUAACAGAGAAAUUUUAGUGCUGAAAUUAGUGCAAAAAAAUACUUGAAACUAUCACAGAUCCUUCAUUUGCAUAAUUGAGUUUUGUCAGAUGAAUUAAUAAACCUGAAUAAUUCAA